UGACGUCAGUCGGAGCUGUCCUGGCACUAUAUAAGGCUGGCGGCAGUCCCGGGGCCGACCCCGUGUUCCCCACUCGGCCCUUUCUGAGGGACAGAGACCGGAGCUCCGUGUGGGACUGUACAGGCGCUCUCCGACAACCUGGCCGGCGGCACCAUGAGGCAGGCGGGACGCGCGGCACUGCUGGCGGCGCUGCUGCUGCUGGCACAGCUGCGCCCCGGGAGCAGCCAGCGAAACCCAGGGGUGUUAGCGGCGGCGGGGGUCCAGGACCCGAGUCUGCGAUGGAGCCCCGGGUCGCGGACCCAGGGCGGCGGGGCACGAGCGCUCCUCUUGCUGCUGGCCGAGCGCUUCCCGCGCCGCGGCGGGCCCAGCAGGUGGAUAUCUGCGACUGCAGGAGAGCGGCCACGACGGGAUAACCCUCCGCUGUCCAUCGACCUCACCUUCCACCUACUGCGGACCCUGCUGGAGCUGUCGCGGACGCAGAGCCAGAGGGAGCGCGCCGAACAGAACCGCAUCAUAUUCGACUCGGUGGGCAAGUGAUCAGCCCGGUUUGUGGCCACGAAAACUUUGACCCCUUCCCCUACCCCAGGGCUGGGACAUGACCUACUGGAACUGACCCAGUCCCGGGGACACCCCGAGCACACAACCUGACUUUUCUUUCUUUCUUUUUUUUUUUUUAAAUAAAAGUGCUGA